AGGAAUGAGCGAAUCACAACUGACGGAAGUGCACGCCCAUGUUAUACCAAGUUCGGGGCAAGACGAUGACGUAAUUUCACGUGACAAAGGUACAAGUCCUUUUCAAGAAGAAACAGAAAUUAGGCCAACAGUCGAGAUGAAAACAUUUCGCAUUCACUCAAGACCACCACAGAUAAAACAGACUCCACAUUAUCCAUUUGAAACUGGGAAUAAUGCAAAGCAAGGAAGGGUUUUAAACAGAUCGACCAUACACAACGGCUUACUACGAAGCAAUCGUCUUCAAGAUUACUCCUACCCUUCCGUCGUAAGCAGCACGCAACAGCUUCUCUGCUUAACUCCUAGUAGGGGUGGAGUUAUUACCCUUGGAUCGGACGACGAUGUGAAUAGGGUUGCCAGACUGAACGAGAACAAUCCCGUUACAUUGCCAGCGAGAAAAUCCGCUGAUCACGACAACGAAACACCAGUUCCCCUUGCCACUACAAUAGUCACAAAAACAUCUGGCAACGAUAAACAACAACACGGAAACAACUUUUAUAGACUCAUGCAAAAGAGCAAUUCUCCAAGACCACGCACGUCAACCGCACAUGGGCACCCAUUUUCACUAGCCAAUAUACAUUACAAACACACUACCCAGAUACGUAAACCAUACCGAUAUCCAGCUCUCUCGCCGAGUGCAGUAAAUGCAAGAAAAACUGACGGCACGGUUUCCAGAACACCGGUAUUCGAGCGCAAUGCAACUGCAAUGAGCAUGGCUAAAAGUCCAGCAAAUACUACAUUUAAAAUCAUCGAAAACCACGUCAGAUGGAAUCGCAGGCUACCGGUAUUUAAUCCAGAUGAUGCUCCUAAUGUAUAUCCAUACCAGCCAUGUUUCACAAUACACGACCCCGGAGCUCAAUCGCGUAAGAUGGCGCCUGUACUUCGGGUUAUUCCUGCGUUUCCACAAACUUCGAAGAUCCAGCAACAAAGGAGAGUCAAGGUUGCCAAAUCACCUGUCGAUACAGAGGGUGCGUCACAAAAGAAAGUUCGUUUCACGGAUCAAAUCGGGCUUCCCCUCGUUCGAAAUGCCACACCUAAUUACAGAAGAAAACAUUCGUACAUUUUAAGAUGGCUGGAAACUGCAGGCAGACCGGCUAAAACGAUUCCUUUAGUGUGAUCUGUAUAUAUGUAUGAUUUCUCACUUUUCCUCGCAGUUUUAUUAUAGUAUAAUUUCUUUU